AUGGCGCGGGCUUGCCGGGCGCGGUGUGGGCGCUGCGGGCACCGCGCACUGCUGCUGUGCGCCUUGGGGGCGGCGGCGGGCUGGGCGCUGGUGCUGCUGUUGCUCCGCGCACCCCCGGGAGCCCCUUCGGAGCGCUGCACGGACGAGAGGAGCCGCCGCAUCCUGGCCGCUCUGUGCCAGGAAUACCGAGGUGGGGCGCUGACCGGGGACCUGUGCGAGGACUUAUGCGUGGCCGGCCAGCUGCGCUACCGCAGCUGCCUGUACUACGAGCGUGGCAAGAAGGUGCUGCAGGCCGAGUGGCGAGGCCGGCCGGUGGUGCUCAAGGCCAAGGAUGGGGCCUUCCCCAGCCCCGCUCCCCCAGACGCCGACCUCCUGCCGCUGCUGGCCGGUGAGGUGCGACGAGUGCUGGGCCUGGAACUGGCACCGGGCGGCCUGGGUCCUCUGUGGGCUUUGGGGCACAGCGGGCAGGGCCCGGGCCAGCUGGCCAGCUUGUGGGCGCUGCUCCGGCAGGAGGAAUUCUUGCUGCUCAGCCUGCUGCAGGGCCUCAGCCAGCACGCGCUGCCGCUGCUUGGCUCCUGCGGCCACUUCUACGCCGUCGAGUACCUGGCUGCUGGUGGCUCCCAGCACCGGGCGCUCUUCCCCCUGGCCCAGGCCCUGGGGGGCCGCCGGGCCCAGGCCCGCGCCGUGGGUGACAUGGCCCUCAGCUUCCUGCACAUGGUGAGCCACUUCGACCGUGACUUCUCCCACCGCCUGCACCUCUGUGAUGUGAAGCCUGAGAACUUUGCCGUCAGGAGUGACUGGACGGUCGUGGCUAUCGACGUGGACAUGGCCUUCUUUGAGCCCAAGAUGAGGGAGAUUCUGGAGCAGAACUGCACAGCCGAUGAGGACUGUGACUUCUUCGACUGCUUCUCCAAGUGUGAUCUGCGCGUCAACAGGUGUGGGGCACAGAGAGCCAAUAGCAACCUGCAGGUCAUCUGUGACAAGAUCUUUCGGCGCUGGUUCCCCUGGGUGCUUCGUGGAGCUGCUGUGUCCUCUCGGCUGCAGAAGCAGGUGCACCAGGCAGUGCUGGAGUGUGCGGCCCCCCAGGGGACCCAGGCCUCAGGGCCCACCCAGCUCCAGAAGCUGCAGCGCCUCCUACAGGCCACUCUGCAGGAACUACGAGAGGUGCCCCAGUGACCUGGGCAGGCCCUGCUGUGGGGGAGAGGCCUGUGGUGUAGACGACUGACUCCCAGUCCCUGGCCCUCGGUGUAGAUGACUGACUCCAGUCUCUGGCACACGACAAUGGACUCUCAGUCUCUCAAGGCAGAAAGUGGGGGCACCAGUGCUGUAUGAGCCCCUCAUCCUGGGGCCUAUCUGCCCACUGGCUUGUCACCAGCUAAGGGCAAUGAGGGGCGGGACAAUGGCCGUAAUGCCAGGCUGUGAGCGCUGUGCAGGC